AUGGCUCUUCAUGCCACUGCUUUCUGCUUCGGCGGGGUGGUUUCUUUGCCUCGCAAUUCGGUUUCUUUUAGUCAGAGGACAGUCAGAGCUUCUGCAUUUUCUUCCCCACCGCCUCUCGGUUCUUCCUCCAUUGCUAGAUCGAAUGUCCAAGGAAAAGCAUUUGCAGGAGAUGCACUACCGGACACAAAAGAAUCCUCCCUUGUGGUUUGUUUUGGGGAAAUGCUGAUUGUCCCAACGAGUAAUGGACUUUCAUUGGCUGAAGCACCUGCAUUUAAAAAAGCUGCCGGAGGAGCCCCUGCUAAUGUUGCAGUUGGCAUAGCUCGACUUGGUGGCUCAUCAGCUUUUAUUGGAAAGGUUGGGGAAGAUGAAUUUGGAUACAUGCUUGCUGAUAUACUAAAGGAGAAUAAUGUGAACAAUGAAGGGAUGCGUUUUGAUCCCGGUGCACGAACUGCUUUAGCAUUUGUUACAUUGAGGAGUGAUGGGGAACGUGAGUUCAUGUUUUAUCGUAAUCCUAGUGCUGAUAUGUUGCUUCAAGAAGCUGAACUUGAUUUUGAUUUAAUUAGGAAGGCAAAAAUAUUACAUUAUGGUUCUAUAAGUCUUAUCACGGAACCAUGCAAGUCGGCUCAUAUUGCAGCAGCAAAAGCUGCAAGGGACGCUGGUGUAGUUCUGUCCUACGAUCCCAACCUCAGGCUUCCACUGUGGCCUUCUGCAAAGAGUGCUAGAGAAGGAAUUUUGAGUAUAUGGGAUACUGCUGAUGUUAUCAAGAUAAGUGAAGAAGAGGUUUCUUUUCUAACAGAAGGAGAAGAUCCAUAUGAUGAAAAUGUUGUUCGCAAAUUGUACCAUCCAAAUAAAUUACUUCUGGUCACUGAGGGCCCUGAUGGUUGCAGGUACUACACCAAGUUGUUCAGUGGAAGAGUCAAGGGUAUGAAGGUAGAUGCAGUGGACACAACUGGUGCUGGGGACGCAUUUGUGGCUGGAAUACUAUCACAACUAGCUGUUGAUCUUUCUUUGCUUCAGGAGGAGGACAAACUGAGAGAUGCGCUCGUGUUUGCUAACGCUUGCGGUGCAUUGACUGUGACGGAGAGAGGUGCUAUUCCGGCUUUGCCAACUCGAGAAUCUGUGUUGAAUGUCAUUCUCAAGUCUGUAGCCUAG